AUGUAUCAUUUGAAUAAAAUUUUUUACCAAAGAAAACCAAUAUUUUUGCAAACAUGUGCGUUUUCUGGGUCUGGAGUUCUCAGUACUGCUAUCGAAAAAGUAUUGAUAGCGAAUCGCGGAGAAAUAGCCUGUCGAGUUAUGAAAACAGCAAAAAAAUUAGGAGUAAAAACAGUAGCUGUUUACAGCGACGCUGAUCGAGACUCAAUGCACGCGGAUCUAGCAGAUGAAGCUUAUUACAUCGGUCCAUCAGCAUCGAGCGAGAGUUACUUGAGACAGGAUAAAAUAAUAACAGUAGCAAAAAAAACUAAAUGCACUGCCAUUCAUCCUGGGUAUGGUUUCCUGUCAGAGAAUAUGGAGUUCGCGCAGCUUUGCCAGAGAGAGAAGAUAAUAUUCAUUGGACCCCCAGCAAAUGCCAUCAGAGAUAUGGGAAUUAAAAGUACUUCCAAGGAAAUAAUGAGCAAAGCUGGAGUUCCUAUAAUUGCGGGUUAUCACUCGAGCGAUCAAAGCAACGAAGUUCUCUUAACGGAGGCGAAAAAAAUAGGUUUUCCUGUUAUGAUAAAGGCCAUUCGUGGAGGUGGAGGUAAAGGAAUGAGAAUUGCGCAGGAUGAGAAAACUUUUUUCGAAGCUCUAGAGUCAGCUCGUACUGAAGCUCUCAAGUCUUUUGGUGACUCUGACGUUCUUUUGGAAAAAUAUGUCGUUGAUCCGCGACAUGUUGAAGUCCAAGUGUUUGCUGACACUCACGGAAACGCUGUUUAUUUAUUUGAGCGAGACUGUUCCGUCCAGAGAAGACAUCAGAAAAUAAUUGAAGAAGCUCCUGCUCCAGGUUUGUCGGAAAAAACUCGUACUGAGAUUGGAGAAGCUGCUGUACGAGCUGCUAAAGCGGUGGGAUAUGUUGGUGCUGGUACGGUUGAAUUUAUAAUGGACCAGAAUGAUCACAGUUUUUAUUUUAUGGAGAUGAAUACACGGUUACAAGUCGAACAUCCAGUUACUGAAGCCAUCACAGGCUUGGAUCUUGUUGAGUGGCAAUUAAAAGUUGCUGCUGGCGAAAAACUUCCACUUGCGCAACAAGAUAUUACCAUGAAAGGUCACGCGUUCGAAGCGAGAAUUUAUGCAGAAGACCCUCGCGGUGGAUUUUUACCCCAGGCAGGACCAUUGUUGUACUUGAAUCCACCAGAAACUGCUCCGAAUGUCAGAGUUGAGACCGGAGUUCGACAAGGAGAUGAAGUUUCUGUUUAUUAUGAUCCGAUGAUUGCUAAAUUAGUUGUCUGGGGAAAUAAUCGUGGUGAAGCGCUGAGAAUUAUGAAGUCUAAAUUAGCAGACUACAGUAUUGUUGGGGUAGAAACCAACAUAGAAUUUCUAAAAGACUUGUGUAUUCAUCCUAAAUUUAAAGCUGGUGUAGUGCACACAGGUUUUAUAGAGCAAUGCAAGGAUACAUUAUUCCCAGAGCUGCAAGUUCCCAGCAGUAUAUUAUGCCAAGCAGCGUUGGCCGCAAUACUAUACGAAGAUUUAGCUUGUUUAAAAACAGCAGUGAAUUGUAAAAAUCCCUGGAGUCCGUUCAAUACAGAGUUGGGGUAUCGCGUAAACCACCCACUCGCUAAACAAUUUAACUUUAUAUUUAAUGACCAAAAGUUAAUGGUCGAUGUUAAAUAUACUGAACCAGAAGUCUAUUCAAUGCAAGUUAAUGGUAUUGGUCCUUGGAGAAAGGUCAUAGGUACUCUUACUCAGGAAGAUAAUGUGCUUGAAUUAAAAUCCGAGGUUCAAGAUACUAAAAUGAAGACGAGAAUCGUUAAAAUUAAUGAUCAACUCUAUCUAUUCACUAAUGAUCGAGCUUGGAAAUUAAACUUACCUCAGCCAGAAUUUUUAUCCAAGCUAAAUAAAAAGUCAGACUUGAGUGGUGCAGCAGUAAGUCCAAUUCCGGGAGUUGUAGAUAAAAUUCUGGUGUCUCCUAAUGAUGUUGUUAAGAAAGGAGACGCGUUGCUCAUUAUUGUCGCAAUGAAAAUGGAGCACUCGAUUCGAGCAUCUGCUGACGGAAUAAUCGAAGAAAUUCUUUGUGGAGUAGGUGAUACCGUUGCGAAAGAUCGCUUGCUCGUUAAAAUCACCGAGCAAACUCAAUAA